AUGGCGCAGCAAGAAGCUCAGCUGGACGGAGCAAAAUUCUGCUGUUCGAUCUGUUUGGAUCUACUGAAGCAUCCGGUGACUAUUCCCUGUGGACACAGCUACUGUAUGAUCUGUAUUAACAACUUCUGGGAUGGAGAGGAUGAGAGGGAAAUCUACAGCUGCCCUCAGUGCAGACAGACAUUCACACCAAGGCCUGUCCUGGUAAAAAACACCAUGUUAGCAGAUUUAAUGGAGGAGCUGAAGAAGACAGGACUCCAAGUUGCUGCUGCUGAUCACUGCUAUGCUGGACCUGAAGAUGUGGCCUGUGAUUUCUGUACUGGGAGGAAGCUGAAGGCCCUCAAGUCCUGUCUGACAUGUCUGGUUUCUUACUGUGAGAAUCACCUCCAGCCUCAUUAUGAUGUUGCUCCAUUAAAGAAACACAAAUUGGUCGACCCCUCCAAGAAGCUCCAGGAGAACAUCUGCUCUCAUCAUGAUGAGAUGAUGAAGAUGUUCUGCCGUACGGAUCAGCAGAGAAUCUGUUAUCUCUGCUCUGUGGAGGAUCAUAAAGACCACGACACAGUCUCAGCUGCAGCAGAAAUAAAAGAGAGGCAGAGAGAGCUCGAGGUGAGUCGACAAAACGUCCAGCAGAGAAUCCAGGACAGAGAGAAAGAUGUGAAGCUGCUUCAACAGGAGGUGGAGGCCGUCAGUCUCUCUGCUGAUAAAGCAGUGGAGGACAGUGAGAAGAUCUCCACUGAGCUGAUCCGUCUCCUCCAGAAAAGAAGCUCUGAUGUGAAGCAGCAGAUCAGAUCCCAGCAGGAAACUGAAGUGAGUCGAGUCAAAGAGCUUCAGGAGAAGCUGCAGCAGGAGAUCACUGAGCUGAAGAGGAAAGACACUGAACUGAAGCAACUCUCACACACAGAGGAUCACACCCAGUUUCUACACAACUACCCCUCACUGUCACAAUUUAGUGAACCUACAGACUCAUCCAGCAUCAAUAUCCGUCCUCUGAGAUACUUUGAGGAUGUGACAGCAGCUGUGUCAGAGCUCAGAGAUAAACUACAGAACAUCCUGAAGGAGGAAUGGACAAACCUCUCACUGACAGUUACAGAAGUGGACAUUUUACUGUCACAAACAGAGCCAAAGACCAGAGAUGAAUUAUUUAAAUAUUCAUGUGAAAUCACACUGGAUUCAAACACAGCACACACACAGCUGUUAUUAUCUGAGGGGAACAGAAAAGCAAAACUAUUGAGUCAUAAACAGUGUUAUUCUAGUCACCGAGAUAGAUUCACCGGAUGCUAUCAGAUCCUGAGUAAAGAGAGUCUGACUGAACAUUGUUACUGGGAGGUGGAGUGGAGAGGAGGAGGAGGUUAUGUAGCAGUUGCAUACAAUAAUAUCAGCAGAGCAGGACGCUCGAAUGAAUGUAAAUUUGGGAACAAUGACAAAUCUUGGGCUUUAGAUUGUGACACUAACGGUUAUACAUUUUGGUUCAACAACAUCUCAACUGCAAUCUCAGGUCCUCAUUCCUCCAGAGUCGGAGUGUACCUGGAUCACAGAGCAGGUAUUCUGUCCUUCUACAGCGUCUCUGAAACCAUGACUCUCCUCCACAGAGUCCAGACCACCUUCACUCAGCCUCUCUAUGCUGGAUUUAGGUUUAAUUAUGUUGGUGACACAGCUGAGCUCCGUAAACUCAAUUAGACAGAAAACCUUUUUAGACUUCCUGUGUCAGAUAUUUAAUGUGUUCUA